UGACUCUCACUCUUCAGUAGUACAACUACUAUUAAGUUGUUCUCCAGCUGACAGCGCAGCGUUUCGAAGGAAGCUUGUAACAACUGUAACACAAAGUAACCUCCGAAAAAAUGACAACCAACCUGACAGCUGUUCUACACAAGAUCGACGAUUUGCGCUUGGAAGAUAGAGCGAUUCCAGAACCCCAAGAUCAUGAGGUUCUCCUGGAGAUGGGCAGUGUGGGAAUUUGUGGAUCUGAUGUGCACUACUUGGUUAGAGGUGCCAUCGGCGAUUUCGUGGUGAAGGCGCCCAUGAUAAUGGGUCACGAAGCGAGUGGAACCGUGGCCAAGGUGGGCAAGAACGUCAAGAAUCUCAAAGUUGGGGACCGAGUUGCUAUUGAACCAGGCGUGCCGUGUAAGGCGUGCGAGUACUGCAAACACGGCCGGUACAAUCUGUGUGCUGAUAUCAUUUUCUGCGCCACUCCGCCGUGCCACGGAAAUCUGUGCCAAUACUACACUCACGCAGCCGACUUCUGUUUCAAGCUUCCAGACCACGUCUCACUACCAGAAGGCGCCCUUCUAGAGCCCUUGUCUGUCGGAGUGCACGCAUGCCGCAGGGCAGAUGUCAGACUGGGGUCAACCGUCCUUGUCACAGGCGCUGGACCCAUUGGUCUCGUGUCGCUCCUCAGCGCUAAAGCCAUGGGCGCUACCAACGUCAUUAUCACUGACAUUAUGCAAAAUCGUCUUGACUUGGCCAAGGAGCUGGGAGCAGACCACACUAUCCUGCUUGACAAGGACAGUGAUGAAACGGCCAUAGUUAAGAAAAUCCACGCGCUUCUGGGAAAGGAGCCCGACAAGACCAUCGAAUGCUCCGGAGCAGAGAGUUCCAUCAGGAUUGCAAUCCAGGCUACGAAGUCUGGUGGUGUCGUGGUAAUUGUAGGCAUGGGAAAGCCAAACGUGACCAUACCCUUGGUUAAUGCCCUGGUUAGGGAAGUGGACAUUAGAGGCGUUUUCAGAUACGCAAACUGCUACCCCUUGGCCUUGGAGAUGAUUGCUUCUGGCAAAGUGGACGUCAAGAAGUUGAUCACGCACAACUACACUCUGGAGCAGACUCUUGAGGCAUUUGAAAACGCCAAGACUGGUGCAGGUGGAGCUGUGAAAAUCAUGAUUCAUUGCAAGAAAGAAAACUAAAAUUGAUCUUGCACCGUUGCGAUUCAUUAAAUGCGAGGAAAGUCGAGACUGUCCUUAAUUAAAUGUGCGAUAUGUUAUUUACUGUUGCAAUGAAUGUAAAAAUUAUAUUUUUCAACUCUGA